GUCGGGGAAGGGUGGUGAGGAGGCGAGGCGGUCGGAGCUCAGUCUGUUACCGGCGCGGGAGGAGGACGGAGCGGAGUAAUCAUGGUUUUGCUCCACAUCUUAUUUGAGCAUGCGGCGGGCUACGCCCUGUUUGGGGUGAAGGAGGUGGAGGAGAUCGGCAUGCUGCUUCCUCAGGUGGAGGAGUCGCUGCAGAAUAUCGGAAAGUUCAACACCAUAGUGAAGCUGGUGGCAUUUUCGCCAUUUAAAUCCGCCCAGAGCGCCCUGGAGAAUGUGAACGCCAUCUCUGAAGGUGUCCUCCAUGAGGAUCUGAAACUCCUCCUGGAAACCCACAUGCCUGCCAAGAAGAAAAAGGCCCUCCUUGGUGUCAGCGAUGGCAAAAUCGGAGCCGCCGUCUUUGAAGAGCUAAGCAUCAAAUGCGAUACCACCGGGGUGGUUCCUGAGAUAAUCCGAGGUAUCCGGCUACAUUUCCAUGCCCUGGUGAAGGGUCUGACGGCUGAGUCGGCCUCCAAGGCGCAGCUCGGCCUGGGGCACAGCUACUCCCGAGCCAAAGUCAAGUUCAACGUCAACCGUGUAGACAACAUGAUCAUCCAGUCUAUCAGUUUGUUGGACCAACUGGACAAGGACAUCAACACCUUUUCCAUGAGGGUCAGAGAAUGGUACGGAUAUCACUUCCCAGAGCUGAUCAAGAUCGUCGCUGACAACUACACCUACUGCCGAAUGGCCAAGUUCAUUGGCAACCGGAAAGAACUGAGCGAGGAGAAACUAGAAGACAUGGAAGAGAUCAUAAUGGACGGUGCCAAGGCCCAGGCCAUCCUGGAUGCUUCCAGGUCCUCCAUGGGCAUGGACAUCUCUCCCAUCGACCUGAUCAAUAUUGAGAGCUUCUCCACCCGUGUCAUCUCCUUGUCCGAAUACCGCAAAGGCCUGCAGGAAUAUCUGAGAUCCAAGAUGACCCAAGUGGCCCCCAGCCUGUCUGCCCUUAUCGGAGAAGUGGUUGGAGCUCGCCUCAUCUCCCACGCUGGAAGUCUAACCAACCUGGCCAAGUACCCGGCCUCCACCGUCCAGAUCCUUGGAGCGGAGAAAGCUCUAUUCAGGGCCCUGAAGACUAAAGGAAACACCCCGAAAUACGGCCUCAUCUUCCACUCCACCUUCAUCGGACGUGCUGCCGCCAAGAACAAGGGGCGGAUCUCUCGGUAUCUGGCUAACAAGUGCAGCAUCGCCUCCCGCAUAGACUGCUUCUCAGAAAUCCCGACCAACGUGUAUGGAGAUAAACUGAGAGAGCAGGUGGAGGAACGGCUGACGUUCUACGAGACCGGGGAUGCUCCACGCAAAAACCUUGAUGUCAUGAAGGAGGCCCAAGCAGAGGCCACAGAAGUCGUAACUGAGAUCAAGAGGAAAUUGGAGAAGAAAGAACGGAAGCGCAAGAAGCGUGAAAAGAAAAGGCUAGCGGAACUGGCUGCAGAGACUGGGCAAGAAGAGUCCGCACCAGUGCAAAGCACAGAGGAAGCAGAGACGCCCAAGAAGAAGAAAAAGAAGGCAGAGGCGGCGGAGGAAGAAGUAGUGUUGGAGGAGCCGCAGUCCAGCAAGAAGAAGAAAAAGAAGGUGGAGGUGGUUGAGGUGUCAGAGGAGGAGGAGACUACAACACCCAGCAAGAAGAAAAAGAAACGAAAGUCGGAGGGGGAGGUUUCUGAGAACGGUUUGGAGGAAGAGGAGGCACAGACCCCCAAGAAGAAAAAAUCGUCCACAGGAGAGACCCCGUCCACAGAAAACAAGAAAAAAAAGAGAGCCAAAGUGCGCCAUGAGGAUGACGACUGAGCGGCAGCUGCGCGCUUUAAAGACUAUAAGGCCGUGGUUUCAUUUCAUACUUUUAUUUUUUUUUUUAUGGACAGAAUUAUGAAGCUUGAGGACAAUGAGCUAGAAGGUUCCCCAUUGUAAAAUACAGAAUAAAGUUUUGUAUAUAACGA